AUGAAGGUCACCGACGCGGCCGUAAACCCAUCCGACGAAGCUUGCUGUACCUGCGCGAAGCUGCUCAGCUCCGUGCCGAGGUACAGCGCUGCCACUGAGAAGCCUCUGCCGGACGACAGGCGACUCGAGUGCUGCGCUCGUGUAAUCUGCGGGAACUGUAUCCAUGAAAACACCCGCUUCGCAUCCUACUGCCCAUACUGCCAGACAUCCACAGCGCCCUCCGUGCUACCCCCAAACCUCAAAGACCCGCCAUCGUACACCUCCGUCCCGCCAUCCCACCACCUCUCCUCCGGCGCCCCGGCGGCCCCGCCCCCGCCGUACACAUACACCUCACCCGACGCCGGCGCCGACGAAGAACUCAACGAAAAGAGCAGCGGCGCCUCCUCCUCGACCGCCACGCCCCCCGAAGACACCCUCCACUUCCUAAACCACGACACGGACACAAUCGCCUCCCUCUCCCUCCGCUACGGCGUCCCCGCCGCCGUCCUCCGCCGCAGCAACAACAUCACCAGCGACCACCUCCUCCACGGACGCCGUACCGUCCUCGUCCCGGGCGCCUACUACGCCGCCGGCGUCAGCCUCUCCCCGCGACCCGUCGAGGGCGAGGAGGAGGAGCUGCGCAAGAGCCGCAUCCGCCGCUUCAUGACGGGCUGUAAAGUCUCCGACUACGACGUCGCCGUGCUGUACCUCGAGCAGGUCGGCUACGACCUCGCCGCCGCCAUGGAAGCGUACGCCGACGACGAGGCGUGGGAGAAGAGUCAUCCCGUCCAGGACGGCGGCGGCGGCGGCGGCGGCGGCAGGGGGAAGAACAAGGCCAAAGCUGCACCGCGGAAUCGGGGGCCGUUUUGGAGGGGAUCUGCGUAA